AAGCCUACCUUCGUUUACCUGGUCAGAGCAGGAUAUGUUUGAGACCAGUUCCAUUAUAACUCUAUUAAAGUUGUAUGGCAAAGAAAUAUCGAAAAUUUAAUUGAAAUUAGGGCAUUAUUCGUGCUUUAAAUGCUUGCAUAUUUAGAAUAAAAUUAUUGUUAGAGGUGUUGUGAUCUUGCAUCGAAAUUACCAUCGAAUUUUGUGUUCGCUUAGGAUGGGAUCUCGAGUUGGAGGAUUUAAUUCAGCUGGUUUGCCAGCUGAUAAAGCUUUAGCGGGGGUUCCCCGAUUGUUGGAUGAUUUGCAGCGCCUUUCUGAAGACACGGAUUCAGCAGACAUUGUUUUUAUUCUUGGGAGAGACGAAGAACGUGUGUACGCACAUCGAGUAAUUCUUAUGGCCAGAUGCAAGAGUUUUCAAACGGCCAAACGCGGUGAAGUGUGUCGUAUUCCGGGAUGUUCUGUUUCUCCAGCAGCCCCAGGAACACCCACACCUGUGCGUCUACCGCAGGCGCCUCCUGACACUUUCAAGCAGUUCCUCCUUUAUGUGUACACAGGAAAGAUACUGCUGCAAGACAGUGGAGUUUUCGAAAUGUUGGCGCUUGCUCAAGAACUGGGGGUUGAUGAAUUGAGAAAUGCUUGCGAAGAUCAUGUCACUUCAACCUUGUCUGUUGCUUCAGCCUGCACUUUUCUGGCAGCUGCGAUGGACAUACAAAAUCGGUCCCCAGGGGGUAAAGCUGCGACAGGUUUUGUCGAACGUUGCGUCAGCUACAUUGGCGAAAAUGCUGUAGAAUGUGUAAAAACAAACUCAUUUCUUUCUCUUCCCAAAGAAGCAGUCUUAAAAUUAAUCUCCUCAGAUUAUCUCUGUUUGGAGGAAGAGGAUGUCUGGAGAGCAAUUUUAAACUGGGCAAAGUACCAAGCUGGUGUCACCCAACCCACAGCCCAUUGGACUGAAGAAGAGAGGGCCAGAGUGUGCCAGCACCUCUCACAUGUCAUUUCUCACGUCCGCUUACUUCUGAUUGACAGCCAAGUUUUUGCCGAAGAAGUUGAACCAACUGGAGCCGUUCCAAUGGAGCUCAGUUUGGAAAGGUACAGACAUGCUGCGCUUCCUAGUAAAUAUCCUGAAGGAGCAGAGGACCAGAGACUGCGUCCAAGGGUAUCACCUCACUUAUUCCCGGGUUCGCUAAUUCUGGGUCAGGAUAAGAGUCACUACCAAAGGGUGCUCAAUGCCUGGUUCGGUAAUCCCAAGCAGAGUUGGAGACUUAUUUACAGGGCUAGCAGUCAUGGGUACUCUGCAUCGGCUUUUCACAGACACUGUGAUGGGAUUUCGCCCACUUUUGUCAUAGUUUUGGGUCCAAGGGGGGAAAUCUGUGGCGGGUUCAGCGACGCAGCUUGGGGGCGCCCACCAGGCAAAAGCCACUACGUGGCCUCAGAGCGGGCUUUUCUCUUCACGCUUUACAACCACCAAGACUUGCCACCUACACAGUUUCAUCUAGUGAAGAAACCAUUUGCCAUUUGUUACCACCCAGAUUCAGGGCCGAUUUUUGGGGCUGGCGCUGAUCUCCUAAUUUCAAACAAUUGUAAUAGCAACAUGGACAGUUACUCAAACUUGCCGCACACCUAUGAUGGAGAUGGGGCCUCUCCUGCUGUUUUAAUGGGCGAUUAUAAUUUCACCGUCACCGAUUACGAGGUUUUUACUCCAGUUAGUUCAUCAGGAAAGCAUCAUAAAAACGAAAGAUAUUGAUCGCAUACUUUUGUGACAAACGUAUUUAGUGUAAAUAUAUUUUCACGAUUA